AUGAGUGCUUUCUUUCAGAACGCCGGCAACAAUCCCUGUGAUCCUUUUGGAGAAUCCGAAAUUCAAUGCCACGUGAAUGAACACGUCCAGAUGGCUGUCAAUGUUAGUUCGGUGGAUGAAGUACACGCCAGCCUUGACUUUGCCCGUGAGCACAAUGUCCGAAUCAUAAUCAAAAAUACAGGACAUGAGUACAUGGGGAAAUCGGCACCGGCACGCGGGACAUUGUCAUUGUGGACUCACCAUCUUUCUUCGUCUGAAGUGAUUCCAAAUUAUCAAAGUCAAAACCACAACGGUAGUGCACUUCGCCUUGGUGCAGGUAUUAUGGGAUCGGAUGCGGUGAGGGUUGCUCAUGAGAACGGGCUGCGCAUCGUAGCAGGGUUCUGCCCAAGUGUUGGCAUUGCUGGGGGUUACAUCCAAGGCGGAGGACAUGGUCCAUUGAGUUCAUCAUAUGGGAUGGCGGCAGACCAGGCACUGGAAUGGGAGGUUGUGACAGCAGAUGGGCGACACAUAAUCGCUUCGCCGACUCAACACACCGAGCUGUACUGGGCUCUCGGCGGGGGCGGUGGGGGUGUUUUUGCAUUUGUCAUAUCUGUCAUCGUCCGGGCAUUUCCCGAUGAUAUACCCGUGGGAGGCGCCAGUAUGGUCAUAUCCCGACAAGAUCAGGCCAAUGAUGAUGCCUACUGGGCCUCCUUUGCAGCCUGGCAAGAAGAACUCCCAGCUCUCUUAGACUGCGGGGCCACAGCCGGUUACGCCAUCUUAAAUGACACUUUUUUUGUGCAUCCUAUCACAAUAGAGGGAAUUCAGACUGCUGCCGAGAUGGAGACAUUGCUGGCCCCACUGAAGUCACGGCUCGAUGACAUGCACAUACGGUACACAUUGCAGGUCAGCUCAGAGGCCAACUUCUACAACCAUUACCGCAAAUACCAAGGGCCUUUGCCUUGGGGUGCAUACCCGGUGGGUCAACUCUUCGGAGGGCGGCUGAUCCCGCGUGUGGAGCUUGACGAGCGACCGCACUCUCUACUGGCUACCGUUCGACGAAUCACCGAGGAAACGCAUGCAUUUCUUGGGUUUGUCGCUCUCAACGUUAACCAAACUCAAAAAGGAAUUACACCCGUGCAACCUGUAGCAGACAAUGCGGUUCUUCCCGCGUGGCGUCAUGCAGCUCUGACGGUCCUGGCUCAAUCAGUGUGGAACUAUUCUGCCCCUCGCGCGGAUGGGCUUUCACGUGCGGAGGAGAUGACCCGGGUGGUUGGACCGGCGCUAAAGAGACACGCAGGGGUUGGGCCAGCAGUUGGGUCGUACAUGAACGAAGCCGAUUUCCAAUUGGAGGACUGGCAAGUCGAGUUUUAUGGGGCCCAUUGGGAUAUUCUGAGUGGAGUGAAAUAUCGAUGGGACGCCGAAGGAUUGUUCUGGGCACCACUUGGCGUGGGUAGUGAAAAGUGGAGGUUGGAGAAGGGGGGCCGGUUGUGUAAAGUCGUCGGUUAA